CUUUCAAGGCACCGAGAGGAGCAACCUCCCAGCAGCGGGGGCCACCCCACCAUGGCUGCCAAGGCCCCGUCCCUCUCCGAAGCCCUCACCAGCGGCUUCCUGACCUGCACCAUCUGCCUGGAGCGCCUGCGCCGCCCCAAGAUCCUGCCCUGCCUGCACAGCUACUGCCAGGAGUGCCUGCGGAAGUUGGCAGGAGGCCGGAAGGAGCUGCAGUGCCCGGAGUGCCGUGAGGGGGUGGCCCUCCCAGAGGGGGGCGUGGGCGCUCUCCGGACCAACUUCUUCAUCAACGGCCUGCUGGACCUGGUCCGCCCCGCAAGGGAGGCAGAGCCCACCUGCAGCCUUUGCCCGCUCACUGGUCAGGAGGCCAGCCAGCUGGCUGUCUCCCGCUGCCUGGACUGCGCCGAAGACAUGUGCCAGGACUGCGCCAGUGGGCACCGCUGCUCCCGCCUCACCCACCUCCACCUUGUGGUGGCCAUGGAGGACUACCUCUCCGGGGAGCACGACGAGGAGAUCCGGAAGCGCCAGGCGCUGCGGUGCAAGGAGCACGCUGGCGAGGAGCUGCGCUUCUUCUGCACGCCUUGUGCCGCCGUCCUUUGCCGGGAGUGCCGCCUGGGGGCCCACCUCCAGCACCCUUGCCUGCCCCUGGCCGAGGCGGCCCAGGCCCGCCGGCCGGUCAUUGUGGAGCUCCUGUCUGGGGUGGAGGAGACGGUGCAGGUCAUCCGGAUGGGGAGGGCCAACCUGGAGAGGGAGGCUGCGGAGCUGCAGGUGCGCGAGGCUAGCAUCCGGGAUGCAGUGGAGCAGGCAUGCUCACGGGUGGUGCAGCGGCUGCUGGCACACCAGGAGGAGGUCCUGACCCAGCUGGAGGACUAUGUGGAGGAGCGGCAGAAGGCCUGCCAGUCCCUCUGCUCCGAUCUGGAGUUCCAAGAGGAGGUGGCCUCCAGCACAGUGGCCUUUGCCCAGAAGGUGCUGGGCCUGGGGAGGGAGGCGGAGAUCGUCUCCCUGGAGCAGGUCAUCUGUGAGCGUCUCAGGCAUUUGCAAGGCUUCUCCUGGGAGCCGCUUGCCACCCACCUGCCUUGCCUGGUGGUUGAGGCUGAGAUCGAGGGCAGCAGCCCCCGCCUGUUCCACCUGGAGUUCCGGGAGGAGAGCCCUGCAGGAGUGCCAGAGGGCUACAAGGAGGCAGCCACGAAAGGGGCAAAGAAGAAGAAGAAGAAGAAGGAGAAUCACGUGGAGCCUGCCGAGGAGGGAUCCCAGACGACCGUCCUCACCCCCCUUCUGGCACCCAAGCCGUUCUUCUCGUGUAGCUUCUGGGUCAAGACACCCAGCGACAAGAAACGCCCCCAAGUCACGGGGCUCUGCCCCUUUGGCUCCAGAGAGCUGCUGGUGGCUGACAAGCAAAACCAGAAGCUGAAGCGCUUCUCCUUGCAGGGGGAGUUCAAGGGCACCAUCCCUAUCCCCAGUGGCGUGGCCCCGGUCAGCGUGGCCGUUGUGGGCAGCAAGGUGGCCUUCACGGCCAGCUCCUGCCUCUACCUCCUGAAUGGUGAGGGUGGCCUGGUGUGGCAGAAGGCCCUGCAAAGGGGGCAGGCCAGCCAUGCCGUGGUGGCACUGGGGGGAGACCGUGUGGCAGUAUGCGUGGCUGGGCAGUUGGAGGUGUACGACCUGGAGGGGCGGCUGCUGCAGAAGAUUGUGCCCGAGGGCAGUGCAGAGAGGUGCCUUGUCUUCCUGGCCAACUGCAAGGAUGGCUUUGUGGGCUCAGACUGGUACCACCGCAGCGUGGUCCUGUUCACCAGGACGGGGCAGCUGGUGGCCGAGUGUUCUGAGGAUCAGCUAGGCAAGUGCCAGCCGGGGGCCGUCUGUGCCGACAGCACGGGCAUCAUCUAUGUGGUCCUGCGGGAGCUGAACAAGGUGGUCGCCUUCUCCCCCAGCGGGGAAGACUUGGGGGCCUUCCUCACUGCCGAGAACAGCAUCGACCGGCCACGGGUGGCCACGGUGACUGGGGAGGGACGCUUUGCCGUGGCUCUGAGCAACGGCACCGUCCACAUCUUCCGGAUCAGAUAUCAGGGCAAGUGAGACAGAGGAAGGGCG